AUGCCUCUCAAGAUCAAGUCCAGUCCCUCUCCUCCCGCUUCGCCAUUCACGUGGGAGCUUCUGCCUCAGACACCUCCUUCAGACAUCGAACGACCGCCCUCACCACCGACAUCAUGGCUGUCCGCACGCGACAUGAAGACCUUCGGCGCCCAGCCACUCGUGCAGGAAGUCGGUGUAGUCAAGUGCAAGGACUGUCUCAAGCCCGUCCUCCGCAGCGCAGUCCUCGAACAUGCAGACAACUGCGCGAAGAUCCGGAACGGGAGCAAGAAGGGCGCGAAGGGCAAGGCCGCCGAAGUCGAGGACAAGAAAGGCAAAAAGCGUAAAGCUGAGGACGAGGUGCCCAACGCGGAGGACCCGAACGCGCCGAAGACCAAGAAGCAGGCCCGGAGCCGCGUCAAGGGUCCCGUCGACUAUGACAAGCAGUGCGGCGUCAUCAAUGACAAGGGUCUCCCCUGCUCGCGCUCCCUCACCUGCAAGUCCCACUCCAUGGGCUCGAAGCGCGCCGUGCAGGGCCGCUCCAAGCCGUACGACGAGCUCCUACUCGAUUGGAACCGCGCGAACAACCCGAAUUGGGUUGAGCCUGUCAAGAAGGAGAGCAAGGCCGAGAGGAAGGAACGCAAGGAGCGCGAGAAGGCGGAGAAGAAGCGCCUUGCGAUGGAGGCCGCCGCCGCCAUCGGGGGCGACGCGAGCAAGAAGGGCGCGGCGGUGGCCGUGGGCGGGACGACGAAGAAGAAGGGCAAGGCGGCGACCGUCACUGCUGCCACCGCCGCUGCCAUCCAGGCUGCGGCUCAGGUCGGCCCGACAGACGAUGUGUACGAGAACCUGGACGACGUCGACUCGGAGGCAGAGCUCGACUCGCUUGUGCGCGCUGUACGGAUAGCGCACGAUCGUGGAGUCAUCGGUGCACCGCUCGCCGUCCCGUGUGAUGCAAGCUCAUGGUUUGUCGCUCGUCGCGAGCGACUACGGACUUGCAAUCACCUCCUUGCGAACGCUUUGAUGCCCUCUCGGAACGCUGCGGUCCCGGUGGUUAGCAGACUGGCUUGACUUCAUACCCGCUUUGUUUUGAUUUUUAUCACCAGUGUAUACGUUACUCCUGUACUAUACAAUGGACUCAUGGAUCGAUGUACAUUCUUCC